UCCAAUAAAAAGCUCAAAAGCCAUAAAACCCUCCUACUCCUGCUCCCACUCCCACUAUCUCAAUUUAUGGGCAUGGAGGAAAGAAUCUCAGCAACUGUGAGGGUGAACAACAUUCCCCAAAGCGCCAUAGCCAAUGAGCUUUUCGCCUAUCUCGAGGACGCCGUCGCCGACGAUUCCAUCUUCGCCGUCGAGAUCUUCACGGAGCACAAGAACUGGAAAUCCAGAGGCCACGGCCGAGUCCAGUUCGAGUCCCUUCAAGCCAAGCAGCUGGCUCUCUGCCUCUCCGACCAACGCCGCCUCUUUUUCAAGGGCUCUCAACUCUCUAUCUCCCACUCCCAUGACGACAUCAUCUUCCGCCCAGUCAGGCCUGAUCAUCGGUUCACGACUGGGACCUUGUAUGCUGGGAUCAUGGCCGAUAGUGACGUCAUGUGGCCUAUGGACUCCUGGAAGAAUGUCAGGACUUGGAUCAUGCCGGAAAGGGGGAUUAUUGAGUUCUGGGUGAGUAGCCAAGGUGGGGAGUGUUACAAGCUCGAAGUUCAGUUUGGGGAUGUUUUGGAGACGCGUAGGUGCUCUCUUGAUGGUAGUGAGGACCACAAUGCAGUCCUCUUCAAGCUUAAAUUUGCUCCGAAGAUAUACCGAAAAGUUUCUGGAAACGAUGUUGCAUCAAAAUUCUCCACUGACAGGUACCAUAUCUGCAAAGAAGAUUUUGACUUCCUAUGGGUUCGCACAACUGAUUUUUCAGAUGUGAAGUGUGUUGGAUAUUUAUCAUCUCUUUGUUGGGAAAUUGAAGAGGGGUUUUCAGACUCCAAUAUACUUUCCAAUUUACCAUAUUAUGAUGAAGGACCGAUGGAUCUUUUUCUUAAAAAAGGAGAAGAAUUUUCUUCUGAAUCUGCACUUGUUCCACUGGUGAAGUGCCCAUCAGAUUCUACACUAGCAUAUGAGAUCCUUUUUCAGCUUAACUCCCUUGUACAUACUCAAAAGAUCAGUCUUGCUGCAAUUGAUACGGAUCUUAUUGAGUUUCUUAGUGGAUUGCAUUUUGACACAGCAAUGGCUGUACUACAAAGCAUGCAUAAGAUGCAAUCAACUUGCUAUAAACCAAAGUCAUAUAUCAAGAAUCAAUUGGAUGAUUUGGAUAGAAAUUGUAAAAGCAUUCCUUUAUCCACUUACAAGAAGGUUGGGAGUAAUAACAUGAUGAGUGUUCAUAGAGCCUAUGUAACACCAUCAAAGAUUUAUUGCCUGGGUCCUGAGCUUGAAACCUCCAAUUACAUUGUGAAAAAUUUUGCUCCUUAUGCUUCAGAUUUCCUGAGAGUAACUUUUGUAGAAGAAGAUUGGGGUAAGCUUUCUCCUAAUGCUGUUUCUACAAGUAUUUCUCAAGGAAUCUUUGCAAAGCCUUAUCGAACUGACAUACACGGUCGUAUAUUGUCUGUUCUCCGAGAUGGAGUUACUAUUGGAGCUAAACAUUUUGUUUUUCUUGCUUUCUCGGCUAGUCAGUUACGUUCAAAUUCUGUUUGGAUGUUUGCUUCUAAUGAGCAUGUGAAAGCAGAAGACAUUAGAGAAUGGAUGGGGUGCUUCAAUAAGAUUCGUAAUGUUUCAAAAUGUGCUGCAAGGAUGGGUCAGUUAUUCAGUACCUCUUUCCAAAUAAUGGAGGUUCAACCACAGGAUGUUGAGGUAAUCCCCGAUAUCGAAAGGACCUCUGAUGGUGUUAAAUAUUGCUUCUCAGAUGGCAUUGGUAAGAUUUCCCAAGCUUUUUCCAGGCAAGUUGCUCAGAAGUGUGGAUUGACUCAUACUCCAUCAGCUUUUCAAAUACGUUAUGGUGGUUAUAAAGGUGUAAUAGCUGUUGACCGAAAUUCUUUCCGCAAGUUAUCUCUGCGCAGCAGUAUGCUUAAAUUUGAAUCAAAGAAUAGGAUGCUUAAUAUUACCAAGUGGAGUGAUGCUAUGCCUUGCUAUUUAAACCGUGAGAUUGUUGUCCUCUUAUCUACGUUGGGGAUAGAGGAUAAAGUGUUUGAGGAAAUGCAAGAGGAACAUCUGCGUCUAUUGGGUAAAAUGCUGACAAAUAAACAAGCAGCAUUGGAUGUCUUGGAGAGCAUGGGUGGGGGUGAGAUAAAGAAAGUUUUGGUGAAGAUGCUGCUUAAAGGUUAUGAGCCUAAUGUUGAGCCAUACCUCUCAACAAUGCUUCAAUCACAUUAUGAAAAUCAGCUCUCUGAUCUUAAAAGUAGGUGUCGAAUAUCUGUACCUAAAGGCCGAAUUGUGGUAGGAUGCUUGGAUGAAACAGGGAUUUUGGAUUAUGGCCAGGUUUAUGCUCGAUUAACCUUGAACAAGACAGAACUACAAUUAGGUGAACAGAGUUUCUUUCAUAAGGUGGAUGAUACAACUGCAGUUGUGAAAGGCAGGGUUGUCGUAACAAAAAACCCUUGUCUUCAUCCUGGAGAUGUCAGGGUACUCGAGGCCAUAUAUGAGGUGCGAUUAGUGGAGAAGGGCCUUGUGGAUUGCAUUGUUUUCCCUCAAAAAGGAGAGAGGCCUCAUCCAAAUGAAUGCUCUGGUGGUGAUCUUGAUGGAGAUUUGUAUUUCAUAAGCUGGGAUAAAAAUCUCAUUCCAAGUCAAACCGUGAAACCCAUGGAUUACACUGGACGAAGACCUCGAAUAAUUGAUCAUGAAGUAACCAUGGAGGAAAUUCAAAGAUUUUUUGUUGAUUACAUGAUCAGUGAUACACUCGGUGCCAUUUCCACUGCACAUCUUGUACAUGCAGACCAUGAACCCGAAAAAGCUCUUAGCUCAAAAUGUCUCCAGUUAGCAAACCUUCACUCUAUGGCUGUUGACUUUGCGAAAACAGGAGCUCCAGCUGAGAUGCCGAGGUAUUUGAAACCAAGGGAGUUACCGGAUUUCCUGGAGAGAUGGGACAAGCCAAUGUACAUCUCCAAUGGUGCGCUGGGAAAACUUUAUCGUGCUGUUAAGAAGUCAAUCUUUAGUGGAGGAAGCUCAACCAAUCACACAACAACAGUGGCAGCCAUUCAAAAUGCUUAUGAUGAUGAUCUUAUCGUGGAUGGUUAUGAAUCUUUCAUUCCAACUGCUGAAACUCACAAACAAAUGUACAUGGAUAAACUGGGAAGCUUGCUGAACUACUAUGGAGCAGAAGCUGAAGUCGAGAUACUGACUGGGAAUUUGCGAAACAAGUCAUCAUAUUUGCAGCGAGACAAUAGGAGAUUCUUUGAACUGAAGGAUCGCAUCUUGGUUUCUGCCAAGAGCCUACACAAGGAGGCCAAAGGGUGGUUUCACAGCAGCUGCGACGAGAGCAGUGAAUGUAGUAAGAAACUGGCAUCAGCUUGGUAUUUUGUGACAUAUCACCCCAGCUAUUGUGAAAGAAGUGCUAAUUGUCUAGGCUUUCCCUGGAUUGUUGGUGAUAUUUUGCUGGAAAUCAAGUCACUUAAAAGCUGAACCAGAGCUCUGCUCCUAGGAUGGAUAUCUAGCAGGCAAGCAACUUCAUCACUAGGAAGGAAUAACUAUAACCUUAUCUGUUGUAUCUUGUGUUUGCUCUAAGCAUGACUCUUGUUAUUAUGUUGUAAUAAUAUUAGAGUGAAAACCCAUCAAUUAUUCUAACAGGGGUGAAUUGGGAUAUUAAAAGUCGAUAUUCAAGUGCUUA